CCAAGCAUACUACAAGAUGACUUUUUUUGGUUCCUUCCCCCUCGCUUUUCUGUUCACUUGGUGCGGCAUUUCCCUGUUAUUUGGAUCUGGUUUUCGUGGACGAUAGGGAGGUUUUCUCCACUUGGUCCUUUGUCAAUCUGGUUCUUUUGAUCUCUGUUUUCAUCUUGGUGCUAGGGAAGCAGGGGUUUCCUUCUGCGAGUCUUAUUUCAGUUUUUUUCUUGAAGGUGCUCGAUCAUUUGCAUUACACUUGCUGUUUCAUGAGUUUCUUUGUUGCUCGGUUUUGUUACUUUUGGUUUUUAGAAGAUGGUGAUGGUGAUGCGUAUCUUGUUGUACUUUCUCUCCUUUUAACUUGUCUGAGUUUUGGACGUCAUGAGGGAUAGCAGAAACAUUCUAUGAUGCAGUGGAAUGAAUUUUUCAGAAUUACCUUUUGAUGCUCGAGUCAGAUUAGAACAGUUUUUUUUGCAAAGCUUUGGUAGUCUGAAAAUCUAAAAUAUGAAAAAUGCGAGAAAUCAGUUCAUGACGUCUUUUCCUUAUUUCCCUCGUUAAUCAUAGAUAACAAUGGGAUAAGUGCUCUCGGUGGCAUUGUUUUGUGUGUUAGGGCACAAGCAUCGCUAGUAGCUGCCCGUAGAGAGGCUUACCUCUUUGGUAUUCUUCAAUUCUGUCCUGGGCUUCACUGUUCUGAGAUUGGACCAGAUAGAGGCUUCCUUCCGUGUUGCUUCAAACCUUCUUCUCUUGAAGGUGAGUCAUGUCAACCGCUGCACUUCCAAGCGUCUGCAAAUUCAGAAGCGCUAGUAACAACUUACACAGGAGUCGUGGUUUGUUUGUGAAAGGCACCUCUGUUGUCUUCAGAAACAAUGUAGGAAAGGUAUUUGGGCUCAAAGCAUCUGGUUUCCGCGUAUCAGCAAUGGCGACAUACAAGGUGAAGCUGAUCGGACCUGAUGGUUCAGAGACUGAAUAUGAUGCUCCAGACGAUGUAUACAUCCUGGAUUCUGCUGAAAAUGCAGGUGUGGAGCUCCCCCACUCCUGCCGAGCAGGCUCAUGCUCCACUUGCGCUAGCCAAAUAGUUUCUGGUUCCGUUGAUCAGUCCGACGGGUCCUUCCUAGAUGAUUCACAAAUUGAGAAGGGGUUUAUGCUGACCUGUGUUUCAUAUCCAACUAGCGAUUGUGUCAUUCACACACACAAGGAAGAAGAUCUUUAUUAAUCAAUGGAAUUGUGUCAUUCACACACACAAGGAAGAAGAUCUUUAUUAAUCAAUGGAAUUCGUUAGGAGACCUGAUAGAUCAUUUGCCCUUCCCUUGAGCAUGAACCAGGUGGAAGGGACCUUUCUCACAUUUGUCAUGCUCUUGUAGUCGUUUUGGCUUGGAUAUCUGCUUUGUGAUGUAAUGCUAAAACGGAAAAACUGCUAGAAUUGCUUCUGCAACUGUACUAGACAAUAACGAAGUUGGAAAGUUCUUUGGAA